AUGCCAUCCUUUUCCUCCUCCUCGUCAAUCCGUGCUGCAUCUGAACAUUGUCUUUUGAACAUAAAAAUCGUGCACAAGCUCUAUCAUGGCUCUCCCUCUAAUGUAGUUCAUAAAGUCAAGGGCAGACUACCAAAAGAAUUGGACGUCCUCCUACUUUCAGAUUUGAUCGUCUCUAUUUCAGGUUCUCUGGAUGGCCAGACCGUCCCUGCGGAUUCGAUCGCGCACUCUGCGUUAGUCCGCCACCUCCGCAGUGACCUCAACGAAGCACGUAUCAAAGCCACUUUUCUUCUCUUUUUUGCUUAUGUAUUCCAGAACGCACCUCAGCUGGGUUUGAACAACGUCUCUGACGCAUACAUCGACGACGACGACGGCCAUACUAAAAUCAUUCUGACGCCAUCCCGGUCCCUAUCUCAUACAUCCCGCCCACAUGCUACUCUCGUGGCGGUGGAUCUCUGUUAUAUUUGGAAAACCGCAGGAGAUCGUGAAGGCUCCACAAACCUUCUCAGCGAUGCCAGCCCGUUCGCAGACCAUUUGUACCUGCCCUUUGAGCUCCUCCUCAAGCGCGUCACAGAGCAGCUUUUCAGUCAGCUUGUAGGACGCUAUCCCCUUAUCUUUGGCACGUGGCGCAGAAGGCUCGACAUGGAAUCCGAGUACUUUCAUUCCGUUGCUCAGUCCAUUCUCGAAAUCAUGCGGCGGUCCCCUAAUCCCCAUUUCGUAGUGCAUUGCAAGCGACUAAUCAAGACCGCACGCGCUCGCCAUCAGUCCGUGCUCCAGGCCUCCGCAACGGCCCUCUCCUUAUGCUUCGCCCCCCGCGACUCAGAAGACUCGGACGAAGGCGAGCAAAUCAAUACUCCGGAACUCACACCAGAAGCCGUCUUGUGUGAGUCCUUGGAGCAGAUGUUCAGAGUGGGUGUCCCCCAGACUCGCUUCAAGAGCCAGAUCAUCACCGCACGCUUGACUUCUUCAGCUGGGGAUGACGAUCAACUAGUCGAGCAUGACGCCAUUUUCAAUAGCACAGAAGUCGAUUUCCCUCUCGCUUGGCCUAAUCUUCCUGACAUCCACAUGGAUAUCUCCGUUCCGGCUAUUGAUAUCCAGCAGACCGUGCCGAACGAUACGGAUGAUCUUUUAGAGGACUGGCCUGAUGAAGCGACCACGUUGCCAGGCGCAUGGACCACGCAUUCGGACGGUUUCCUUAUCAAAGGCCUAGGCUUUUCAUCUCAACCACGUAGCAUUACGCCCCCUUUGGCAUCGUCCUAUCUAACUGAAAGUGAAGACAACGAUAGCUUCGCGUUGGACCUAGAAGUUGAUCACGAGCAAGAGGAUGUCAACAUGGAAGAUGCCGAAUUCGAACGUACUUCCCUGCCCCUUGAGGAUGCACCGGUUGUGUUUCAUCAGCCCCUGUCAUGUCAUCUGAUCGGCGCAGAGUCGACGUUUUCGGGGCGCCAAGAACAACUUGGAGAAGUGGACGAGUUCGCCGUACUCGUUGACACCGAGUUUGCAGAUGAAGAAUGGAGCUGCGAGGACGAGAUACUGUUCGAUCUGGCUGAUGUAUUCGAUGACUCGAGUGGGCUUUGUGUUGAAGAUGAGACUGGGCUCAGUGCUGUCUCACAAGUUCCGGAUGGUGGUCCUGAUCAAGACAACUUCUUACAGGUGAAGAACAAUACCGCGGAUCAAAAAUACACUUUCGACACUCACUUUAGCAUGGAUGGUCAGGUGGUGCAGGGUAGCACAUAUGACUGUUUUACGGAUGUCUGGGAUCUGUAA